UUAAAAGUUGGGUGUGAGCCGCCAACCCAACCCCAAAGAAGAAGUAAGCAGAUGCGCGUGCCGAAAAUAAUUGUAAAACAAGAGGAAUGACAGUUGACAAGAAUCAUGUAAUAAGGUUAGUUUUUGUUGACGUUGAGACAACAAGACGUUUGCGUAUAUGCUGCAGUUAACGUUAGCAGCAAACCAAACGUCACAUGAAGGCGACCUAGCUGGCAAGCUAAUGUAAAAUGGCUAACGUUAGCCAAAAACUAACCCGCCAUAUUCAAUCAUAUUUAAACGAGAUAAAUGUUUAUAGACAUUAGGUACGACUAGCUAGUUAUUUCACGACAAAUAUGGACCCGAGGCACAAAGAAAUACUCAGGAAACACCGGCUGGACCUGUCCGACCAAAUUUUAAUUGAGGACACCAUAGUUCACUUCCUGUACCAGGAGAACAUUUUAACAGAGAGCCAGGUGGACGAGAUUCAGUCCCAAAUAAGCAACAAGAAGAAGACGUUGAGACUGCUGGAUAUCCUUCCCACCCGAGGUCCGCGAGCGUUUGGUACAUUUCUGAAUUCCCUAGAGGAAGAGUUUACUUGGGUGAGAGACAAGUUACUCCAGGAUUUGGAGCAACCCAAUGUACCUGUGCAAAGUCCAACAGAUGAGUGGAACAUUCCAGAGGUGAAGCUCCGAGAGGUCCCGUCCGACAGACAGUUGUCCCGGCUGGCAUCCCGUAUCGGGUCGGAGUGGGAGUCGGUUCUCCUCGACCUGGGCCUAUCCACGGGGGCGCUGUACCGUUGCCGUGCCGACCAUCCUCUGAGCUUGCACGGGCAGGUGCUAGCAGGGCUGAUCCAGUGGAGGCAGAGCCAGGGGAGGAGUGCUACAGUCCACAGGCUCCUCCAGAGCCUGCAGGCCACUGACGUCCACCCCUCUACCCUGGACGAGGUGUUCCAGUGAGGGGAGCGGACACUGGAUCGUGGGUGAAAUGCUGAAUGGAUGACAGUCGUUAGCUCAGCCAGACCAGAGUUUCCGUUAGGAAAAUGUAACCAGCAACAUUUUUUUUUACCAGACAUUUGUGUAAUCUGCCGAUCCCGUGUGCAUUGGGUGUGUAACCUGAUUAGUGUCCACCCACGGUGCUCACAAUGACGACUCACAUUUAGAUUAUGGUAAUUCAUAGUAACAGAAUAUGAAAAGUCGAGGAUGCAACGGUAAAGCUAGAAUAACUGUCUAUAGUUUACUUUUCCUCAGCCAGCUAGACAAGUAACUAACAGCAGAAUCACUAGCCUGUCAAUCUACUAUCCCCCAUAGUACAAAAGUUUACCCGUUCUAUUGGUCAACUUGAAAAAUUCUAUUCCAAACCGACUCCAGGACAGUCGUGGGACGAUGGAGCCUAAAUUCAUACAUCCAGUAGGCUUCGGCUACAUGAAAUAAAAACAUUAAAAAGCAAUGAGUCUGACGCAACAGAACGUUUAGUUUAAAAUGUUAAUAAACUAUUUAUUCACCUAAGCGAAGGCAGUAGGCUACUCACAAAUGUUGUUCCAUAAUGCAAUUAGCGGGAAAACGCAGUUGUCAAAAGGCCACCACACACUUGAGAGGUUUCAUGUGACGGAGAUGAAAAUGUCCAUUAGAAAUUUAGAGAUCUAAUUGGCUACUUUCCAGAAAGGUAAGACAUGCCUCAUGUAUUAAAAGGAAAUGCAUAGCCUACUGCCUCCAGCUCAUUGCAAAGUGGUGUGUGACCCAACAGCAGCUCUCAUUCUUUGACAGAUUAUCUUCUCAAAAGCUCUAUGCUGUACGGGUAUGAUAAAUAAGAUGCAUAACAAAUAUACUGUAGCCUACACAUUUGCCAAUUUAAUUCCACUAAAUGAUGUAAAAUAACCUAAUAGAAUGAUAAAUAUGACCAGUCAAAUGUAUUUCCAUCAAUGAAGAGGCUAAAAGGCAUUAUUUCGCAAUAUAUAUUAUAUAUUUUUCUUUUCCAGGACAAUUGGCCAGGGCCAAUGUUUUAUUUAUCAACAAAAAAAUAUAGGCCAAAAGCCGUCCAUUACCGGCUAACGGAAACCCUGAGCGCAAUGCAUCAUUGGCCAGGCCCUGUUUUGUGUGUUUUGAAAUGGAGAAAUUUUAAGAUGAAUAAAGUUAAUAUUCAGAAAAGAGUAAUUAACACAAUGCUGAGCAUAUUUCUGUUUUCUCGUUCUGUAAUACACGUGAUUUACAGUGUUUUUAUUUGGAGAACCUCUUUCUGGUUGAUGGUCUGUGUUAUGAAUUGUUCUCGUAUCUGUUGAUCUUCAUAGUGAUUGACGCCAGGCUGGAGGACAGAGGACACUGAUUUGUUACUGUAAGAUUAGAAUAAGCCGAUUUCGAAAACACAGGCCUACACACACUCCUGGAAACUCAGUGACUCAGACCCUGAAAAGUCAACAAACACGACGUUGCGUCAUUCACUCUGUGGAAAACAAAUUCUCUGAUAGUAUUUUUUUUCUUCUUUCAUGUCCAUUAAGUGGACCAUGGAAUUACGUAACAUCUAGUCUUAUUUUCACAACAUAUUGUUGUAACAUUACAUCACAAUGAAUCAGCGACAUUUAUGGCCAGUAACAAUAGUUGAGCACCGCUGCACUCGGUUUUUAGAAAAGCGAAAUGCCUCAACAAGGUCAAGGCUGCAUGCCCAACAAGACCUCUCCAGGAUUUUUCCACUUCUUAUUUUAUUUUUUAAGUGGAGCUGAAAUUAGAGUUUGUACAUGAACUAUAUUCUUGUACUUUUUGCCUAUGAUUUGCCUUGAAAAAGCAUUCUCUAUUUGGCCACCUAUUUUGUUUAAAGGUGGAACUGGAACAGGUUCUUUUCUCUUCAAAUGGCAUUACAAUGAUUGUAUUUUUCUGUGAUUGCCUCUUAUUUAGUGCUUUAUUGGUCUUGAUGUCAGGUUGGCGUUUCUUCAUGUAGGGCUAUUUUACAAAAUGUUUCCUUUCCAAAUGUUUACAGUUGUAAAAACACAAGCCAUACUGUUUCAUCUGCAUGUGUCUUGCUGUUCAUGACCACAAGGUUAAUGCCAAACAAAUUCUCUUAACUACUCUAAGUAAAUGUAAGAACAUUUUAAGAACCUGCUCUUCUCUGACAUGCACGACGUGUGAGUUCUGUCUGCACCUCAGCCAAUGCUAGUAUAAUUGUUAUUAGGAUUAAUUUUAAGGUAAUUCAUAGCACAGCCACAUGCACAAAGUGAGUGUCAGUUACAGUUGACUUUUUUUUUUUCUUUUUUUUUGUGAAUGAAAAGCCACGGUGUUCCUGGGAAGCUUUGAAGUACAACUAGGUGACUCUCAUACGUACACACCUCGCUGCAGGGAUUUUUACACAUCUGUUUUUGUGGAUUGACUGGGUUGCCCCAGAAACGCCGAGCCAGGGAAACUAGGCUAGCACAGGUAGGGUGCAGUGACUGCAGCUUGGCAGCAGUCCAAUCAAACUGGAUGUACUCUGUGACUUUUUACUUAACACUAGUCACUGGGCAAGGCUAGAGGGGGAGAGGAAAGUCUACCUACCCCUGCCUUUGUAUUUAUUAGGCAUCAGACUGAAAGUGGGAGGGACUACCUCCCCUGAACUUGUCCAAUAAUAAAUACUUGUUUUUUGGUGUGCCCUAAUGACUACAACCCAGUUGUGUGGCAGUCCUUCUCUUUGAGAUAUCUACAUCACCAUCCCUUUCUCUUUCACAGUCUCCGCUAUCUGUUGGUAUGGUUGGUGAGUGGUGGCUUUGGAGGAAAAGGUCAGAGACCCCUCUCAGCCUGUCCGCUGUCACCAUCACGACCCCCUGAGAGGAUCACAGGCCGUGAACCACAUGGCCUGAGCGUAAAUCCCUCUCCUGGUUGGUUGAGACAAAGCCACGGUGACCUUCCAGGCCAGGGAUCAACUGUGUCUAAGACAUUCCCGGAUGCUCUUUGGAACGCUGCACGCUGACAUCACUCCAGCCAAGCAUUUUGCCUUUGACUUUUUUCGUCAGUUUAGACUGAACAGGAGGAGGGAUGUUGGGUAACUCUCUGCGGGGGAGUUGUUAGAUGGGAGUGUUGAAUAAUGGAAGAUGUUUUGGCUGCUGUUGUCACAAAGCAGCAUGAGCAUGUUACUACAAUUUUGUCUAUAGUGCCUUUGUGAGGAGUGUUGUGGCCCAUACAGUAUGUGAAAGGUACUGUAAAAAAAAAAUUGCUCCCCCCUCAGAGUACAUUUUAACAUAGUACCAUCAUAAAUAACAAUUGUAGCAACCCUGAGUUUAUAAUUGUGGAUAUCGACUUUACCAUUUCAGCAUGUUUUUUUUUAGACUGUUGAUGCCACACUGGGCUAACGGAACAGAAGGUUGAGGGAUCGCCGAUCACCACGGACUUGCUCACUCUCUCCCUGCCUGUAUCAUUACAUUACAUCAGAGCCAGCUGCAGACAACCAUGGGCUAUAUUUAUAUAAUAAAUAAAACACAUUUUC